UACCACAAGAUAAAGAGGAUAUCUAAGGGAAAAAAACAGCAUGUGAUGGAGUUUUAGCACAUUUGCUAAUGCAAAAAUAUUGCAAAUCCUUGUGGCUUGGUACCACAACCUCUCUUUCACUGCUCUUAUUUCUUUUCCUUUUAAUUGCUGCCACAACAAGCACUAGUCUUUGUUCCUUUAGCCUGUGGUGUUCUCUCUCCUUUUCUCUCUCUCAUAAUUGAACAAUGGAAGGUGGACUUCCUAUGCUCAACUGCUUGUUACAACAUACACUCAGAAGCCUAUGUGCAUGUUCCGAUUCCUCUCCGACCCCUUCAAAGUGGGUGUACGCCGUCUUUUGGAGGAUCCUUCCGAGAAAUUAUCCACCUCCAAAGUGGGAUCAUGGAGGCAGUCUCCUCGAUCGAGCUAAGGGAAACAAGAGGAACUGGAUUCUUGUGUGGGAAGACGGGUUCUGUGAUUUUUGUGAGUGCGAACGAGCUGGAAAUGGAUGCGGGAGGAGAAGGUUUGGAGCUGACAUCUUCUUCAAGUUGUCUCAUGAAGUCUACAAUUUUGGAGAGGGAUUGGUGGGUAAAGUUGCAUCAGAUAACAGCCAUAAAUGGGUGUUUAGAGAUAGCCCAGCAGAAACUGAUCCUAGCUUCAUUUCCUCAUGGAACGUAUCCAUCGAGCCGAAGCCGAGAGCAUGGGAGGCUCAGUUCAGCUCAGGCAUUGAGACUAUCGCGCUAAUACCAGUUCGAGAAGGUGCAAUCCAACUAGGCUCAUUUGAUAAGGUUGUUGAAGACCUCAACAUGGUGCUAAACAUACAGAGAAAAUUCAGCUACCUUCAGAGCCUACCGGGCAUAUACACUAUACAGAGGCCACACCAUCCGAACCACAGUCCACAACUCGACUACACCUCUGCCCCGAGACUUAUGCAGGCGACUGAUGACAAGCAACAGAUGAUAGGCUUGGAAAGGCAAAACUACGAAACCUCGCCUACUAAGCCCUCUACUUAGGAUACAACAACGCCCCACAAAUCUGCAGCGCUGAAGCAUCAUCGUUGUGGUCUAUCCCUCCCUUCUGCCCUCCAACCUCGGGCCAUUUUUUCCAAAGGCACCGUCUCCAUAUUACGCUCCUCAAGGCUUUGGUCAUGACGGCGUCUUGCUCAAUAGCAAUAGCAUCGCUAUAAAGAGCGAUGGUGUUCACAAGUUAGAGGGUGAUGGAGGCGCGUGUCCUUUGGUGAUAUUGGGGCUGUUGAUGUUGUUAAGGUGGAAGCCGGAGGCGGGCGAGAAGAGGAAGCUGGGGUGGUGGCUUUAGGAUUUGAACUUCAUAGAGGAGCAGAAAAAAAUGUUGUGAAUCUUGAUCCAUUUUUAUGUUAGAUACCAAUGCCACUAUAUUGUUACUGUACUAGGCUUAUUUUUGCCAUCGUGUGCAAGGAAUUGUUCAUAUUGUUAUAUAUAGAGCAAUAAUACUAAGCGAUUAUUUGUUA